CGACACCGUGCGACGCUAAGCAAAUUUCUCUGAUUUCUCUAAGUUAAUUAUUUUUGACUGAAAACCUCGAUACUAAUAUAAACAUCAGCAAAGGCACGGAAGCUGUGCAGAUAUAAACUAAUUUCAUUAGCAUUUUCGGAUCCGGAAGUAGUGAGAUUUGCAGAUAUUUCGAAAGAAUGUCCUCGUUCACUGAAACGGGGCUGGUGAAGAAGCUGUUCGAACUCAACCAAAGUCAGCAAAGUAUUCAGACCCUUUCACUGUGGCUGAUUCACCACCGAAAGCAUCACUCAAUAAUCGUUAAAACAUGGCUGAAAGAGCUCCAGCGAGCACCUUCAGCGAAGAAGCUCACUUUCAUGUACCUGGCGAACGAUGUGAUACAGAACAGCAAGAAGAAGGGGCCCGAGUUUGGGCGCGAGUUUGAGCACGUGUUGUUAAAAGCGUUCAAAAACGUAGCACAGUCAUCACCGGAGCCGAAAACAAUCAACAGUCUCAAUAGAAUUCUCGGGAUCUGGGGAGAUCGGGCUGUGUAUGAGGAACCUAAGAUCAAGGAAUACUCGACAGUACUAAAUGGAACGGAUGCUAUCCCCAAGGUGGAGGUAAACGGUAGUGAAAAGAAGCGGAAAGGCGAUAGUAGCAGCAAUGAAAGUGAUUCGUCGAAAAAACCUCGUACAGCCGUCGUAACGGAGAAGAAAGUAAAGAGCGAAGUGGUAGAGGUUAACGGAAAGGUAGAAACACACAUUACACUCAGUCCCCAUCAGCCAGACGGUGAUCCUCCUGAACCGGAGGAUCUCAUUAAGGUUAUUUUGGAACUGGAAAAUUCUGCUUCAAGUGAUGCUGCAGUGCGCGAAAGAAUAGCCAGUCUAAAACCAGAGGUGUCCGAAUUAGCUGCCCUAGACAAGCUGGAAGACAAAGAAGCAGCAAUGAAACUGGCCGCAGAUGUUAACGAUGCCAUAAAGAUUCUGAAUGAUUAUAACGCGCGGCUGGCAGUGGAAAUGGAUGACCGCAAGAAGCUGACGACCAUGCUGAGAGAUUUCUUACGCGAGCAGCAGGAACUACAACAGCAAGUGGAAAACCGGCUAGUGGAAUACCAGAAUAAACUUUCUAAAAUCAAAGAAGUACAAAAGGAGGUUCGAAACCAUAUGAACAAUCUGCCUGACUUGACCUCCCUCCCGGACGUGACCGGUGGUCUAGCACCGCUACCAUCGGCCGGCGAUUUAUUUAACGCACAUCAUCACUAGGACAGCGUGUGUUUGAUUAUCUGACUUUUAAACGGUGACUAAAUCCGAACUCCACCUUCCGGGAGCUUUUUUCGGUUAAACGCUUACGUUUUUACGAAGAAUUUUACUAGGUAAAUGAACAAGUGUAGUCGAACAUUUACUUGUGCUCCUGUGUGCGUUUGUAUACCUUCGUGUUUACACAUGAAAAACAGUGUAUGCUUUCUGAUUUUCCAAACAUUCUCCUAUUAGCAAUCUAGAACCUUGUAUCGGAAAGGAUUCGGCGCAAAGUAUUGAGCAUUAGAACAACAAUCAUGAGACCAAAUAAUAUGUAGUCGAAUCCAAAGGUUAGUCCAGCUUAGGUUCUAAAUGCUGACAACCGCCGUAGGAGAAACAGUUUAAUUUGUAAAAUUUGUUACAAUUUGUAUCCUUAGUGCAGGAUAUAUUGUCCGGGAAAUCGAAAAAGCAA